CGGCGCUCUUUCCCGCCGCCCUGCCUUGAUCCUGGGGGCGGUGCCGAAGUGGCGGCCCGCCCUGCGGCCUCGCCCGCUAGCGCCUAGUCCUCUGGAUCCCGGGUCUGACCGGGCCAUGUCGGCGGAGCCAGAACUCAUUGAACUACGGGAGCUGAUACCGUCUGGACGCAUCGGCCCUGGCCGUACCCGGCUGGAGCGUGCCAACGCUCUGCGCAUCGCGCCGUGCACAGCUCGCAAUCCGUCACAGCAACACGUCCCGGGUCGCGGCCACCGCUUCCAGCCUGCGGGUCCCGCCACGCACACGUGGUGCGACCUCUGUGGAGACUUCAUCUGGGGCGUCGUGCGCAAGGGCCUACAGUGCGCGCACUGCAAGUUCACCUGCCAUUACCGUUGUCGUGCCCUCGUCUGCCUGGACUGCUGCGGGCCCCGAGACCUGGGCUGGGACCCCGCAUUGGAAAGGGACACGAACGUGGAUGAGCCUGCACAGCGGGAGACACCUGAUCUUUCCCAGGCUGAGACUGAGCAGAAGAUCAAGGAUUACAAUGGCCAGAUCAACAGCAACCUCUUCAUGAGCCUGAACAAGGAUGGCUCCUACACAGGCUUCAUCAAGGUUCAGCUGAAACUGGUACGUCCUGUCUCAGUGCCUUCCAGCAAGAAACCACCUUCUUUACAGGACGCCCGGCGGGGCACAGGGCGGAGCACAGCUGUGAAGCGCCGCACCUCCUUUUACUUGCCUAAGGAUGCUAUUAAGCACUUGCAUGUUCUGUCACGAACACGGGCACGUGAGGUCAUUGAGGCCUUGCUGCGAAAAUUCAUGGUAGUGGAUGAUCCUCGCAAGUUUGCACUCUUUGAACGAACCGAACGUCAUGGCCAAGUGUACUUCCGGAAACUAUCAGAUGAUGAGCAGCCCUUGAAGCUACGGCUUCUUGCAGGGCCUAGUGAGAAGGCCCUGAGCUUUGUCCUGAAAGAGAAUGAUUCUGGAGAGGUGAAUUGGGAUGCCUUCAGCAUGCCUGAGCUGCACAAUUUCCUACGUAUCCUGCAGCGGGAAGAAGAGGAACACCUUCGACAGAUUCUGCAGAAGUAUUCUCGUUGCCGCCAGAAGAUCCAGGAAGCCUUGCAUGCUUGCCCUUUGGGGUGACCUUUAGUUUCCCUGGGUAGCAGGAGGAAAAUAGGCAAUGCGAAGAUCGUGCCGUGUGAGUGUGACAGGGCCCGUGGGGCCUGCGGAAUGAGUGUGCGUGGAAGCCCUCCUCUGCUAAAGGGAGUGAGCCCAGAGAACAGUGCCGCAGCCCGCCCUCUACCAGUGGAUACAGUGGGGCGUGGCUUGCAGCCCUCUGCCCAUUGUAUACUGGGUCCUACUCUGGGUAGCUGCUCCAGUCUUUGAUCAGGGUCUCAGCCGUGAGAAUCUUAGAGACUCUACAAACACAACGGGGUUAUAUUUGUAGGGGUGGGGGCCCGAGUCUAUGGAGAAAGAUUGUUUUGGGUUGUGAAUAAGUCUCAGGAUAGCCCAAUCAGAGCCAAGGUUAACUGCUCAGAAUAAUACAGACAUUCAGAUGGAGUCUGUGUUUCCCUCUUCCAGUGCCUUAUGACUUUGAUACAUAACCCUGAGGUCAGGGAGUGCUGGCAAGUAUAGCUCCUAUGCCUCAGUGCAUCCUCUAAGGACGAUGCUGCUGGACCAGACCCGCUUCUUGUUUGCCAAAGCCAGAGUCUCCCUCAGAUACUUUUGAUGGAAGUGUAUGAAUGUAUGCAAUGCUUUGUGGCCUCAACUGAAUGCCUCCUGUGGGGAAAGGGAUGGGGGUGUGACAGUCAUCAUCAGGGCCUGAUGCCUGAGAGAAUUGGCUAAAUAAA